AUGUUUCAGAUCUGCACAAACUUGUUCCGGACGCUUCCUCCGAGUGAGAACCCAGACUUUGACCCAGAGGAAGACGAGCCCACUCUGGAGGCAUCCUGGCCCCACAUGCAGCUGGUGUACGAGUUCCUCCUGCGUUUCCUGGAGAACCCUGACUUCCAGCCGAGCAUCGCUAAACGCUACAUCGACCAGAGAUUUGUGCUGCAGUUGUUGGAGUCAUUCGACAGUGAAGAUCCGAGAGAGAGGGACGUCCUGAAGACCAUCCUGCACCGGAUCUACGGGAAAUUCCUGGGUCUCCGCGCUUUCAUCCGCAAACAGAUCAACAACAUCUUCCUCCGGUUCAUUUACGAGUCGGAGCGCUUCAAUGGUGUGGCUGAGCUCCUGGAGAUCCUGGGGAGUAUCAUCAAUGGCUUCGCUCUCCCGUUGAAAGCUGAACAUAAACAGUUCCUGAUGAAGGUUCUGAUCCCGCUGCACACGGCCAAAGCCCUCGUCCUGUUCCACGCUCAGCUGGCGUACUGCGUGGUCCAGUUCCUGGAGAAGGAUCCCACGCUCACAGAACCGGUCAUCCGUGGUCUGUUGAAAUUCUGGCCCAAGACGUGCAGCCAGAAGGAGGUCAUGUUUUUGGGGGAGAUAGAGGAGAUCCUGGACGUCAUCGAGCCGACACAGUUCAAGAAGAUCCAGGAGCUGCUCUUUAAACAGAUCUCCAGAUGUGUCUCCAACCCACAUUUCCAGGUGAGAGACCAGAGUGCGCGGGAGACCACCAGAGUGUGUGCGCGAGAGACCACCAGAGUGUGCGAGAGAGACCACCAGAGUGUGCGCGAGAGACCGCCAGAGUGUGCGCGAGAGACCGCCAGAGUGUGCGCGAGAGACCGCCAGAGUGUGCGCGAGAGACCGCCAGAGUGUGCGCGAGAGACCGCCAGAGUGUGCGAGAGAGACCGCCAGAGUGUGCGAGAGAGACCGCCAGAGUGUGCGAGAGAGACCGCCAGAGUGUGCGAGAGAGACCGCCAGAGUGUGCGAGAGAGACCGCCAGAGUGUGCGAGAGAGACCGCCAGAGUGUGCGAGAGAGACCGCCAGAGUGUGCGAGAGAGACCGCCAGAGUGUGCGAGAGAGACCGCCAGAGUGUGCGAGAGAGACCGCCAGAGUGUGCGAGAGAGACCGCCAGAGUGUGCGAGAGAGACCGCCAGAGUGUGCGAGAGAGACCGCCAGAGUGUGCGAGAGAGACCGCCAGAGUGUGCGAGAGAGACCGCCAGAGUGUGCGAGAGAGACCGCCAGAGUGUGCGAGAGAGACCGCCAGAGUGUGCGAGAGAGACCGCCAGAGUGUGCGAGAGAGACCGCCAGAGUGUGCGAGAGAGACCGCCAGAGUGUGCGAGAGAGACCGCCAGAGUGUGCGAGAGAGACCGCCAGAGUGUGCGAGAGAGACCGCCAGAGUGUGCGAGAGAGACCGCCAGAGUGUGCGAGAGAGACCGCCAGAGAGAGAGACCGCAGAGUGAGAGAGACCGCCAGAGUGUGCGAGAGAGACCGCCAGAGUGUGCGAGAGAGACCGCCAGAGUGUGCGAGAGAGACCGCCAGAGUGUGCGAGAGAGACCGCCAGAGUGUGCGAGAGAGACCGCCAGAGUGUGCGAGAGAGACCGCCAGAGUGUGCGAGAGAGACCGCCAGAGUGUGCGAGAGAGACCGCCAGAGUGUGCGAGAGAGACCGCCAGAGUGUGCGAGAGAGACCGCCAGAGUGUGCGAGAGAGACCGCCAGAGUGUGCGAGAGAGACCGCCAGAGUGUGCGCGAGAGAGACCGCCAGAGUGUGCGCGAGAGAGACCGCCAGAGUGUGCGCGAGAGAGACCGCCAGAGUGUGCGCGAGAGAGACCGCCAGAGUGUGCGCGAGAGAGACCGCCAGAGUGUGCGCGAGAGAGACCGCCAGAGUGUGCGCGAGAGAGACCGCCAGAGUGUGCGCGAGAGAGACCGCCAGAGUGUGCGCGAGAGAGAGACCGCCAGAAGAGACCGCCAGAGUGUGCGCGAGAGAGACCGCCAGAGUGUGCGCGAGAGAGACCGCCAGAGUGUGCGCGAGAGAGACCGCCAGAGUGUGCGCGAGAGAGACCGCCAGAGUGUGCGCGAGAGAGACCGCCAGAGUGUGCGCGAGAGAGACCGCCAGAGUGUGCGCGAGAGAGACCGCCAGAGUGUGCGCGAGAGAGACCGCCAGAGUGUGCGCGAGAGAGACCGCCAGAGUGUGCGCGAGAGAGACCGCCAGAGUGUGCGCGAGAGAGACCGCCAGAGUGUGCGCGAGAGAGACCGCCAGAGUGUGCGCGAGAGAGACCGCCAGAGUGUGCGCGAGAGAGACCGCCAGAGUGUGCGCGAGAGAGACCGCCAGAGUGUGCGCGAGAGAGACCGCCAGAGUGUGCGCGAGAGAGACCGCCAGAGUGUGCGCGAGAGAGACCGCCAGAGUGUGCGCGAGAGAGACCGCCAGAGUGUGCGCGAGAGAGACCGCCAGAGUGUGCGCGAGAGAGACCGCCAGAGUGUGCGCGAGAGAGACCGCCAGAGUGUGCGCGAGAGAGACCGCCAGAGUGUGCGCGAGAGAGACCGCCAGAGUGUGCGCGAGAGAGACCGCCAGAGUGUGCGCGAGAGAGACCGCCAGAGUGUGCGCGAGAGAGACCGCCAGAGUGUGCGCGAGAGAGACCGCCAGAGUGUGCGCGAGAGAGACCGCCAGAGUGUGCGCGAGAGAGACCGCCAGAGUGUGCGCGAGAGAGACCGCCAGAAGAGAGACCGCCAGAGUGUGCGCGAGAGAGACCGCCAGAGUGUGCGCGAGAGAGACCGCCAGAGUGUGCGCGAGAGAGACCGCCAGAGUGUGCGCGAGAGAGACCGCCAGAGUGUGCGCGAGAGAGACCGCCAGAGUGUGCGCGAGAGAGACCGCCAGAGUGUGCGCGAGAGAGACCGCCAGAGUGUGCGCGAGAGAGACCGCCAGAGUGUGCGCGAGAGAGACCGCCAGAGUGUGCGCGAGAGAGACCGCCAGAGUGUGCGCGAGAGAGACCGCCAGAGUGUGCGCGAGAGAGACCGCCAGAGUGUGCGCGAGAGAGACCGCCAGAGUGUGCGCGAGAGAGACCGCCAGAGUGUGCGCGAGAGAGACCGCCAGAGUGUGCGCGAGAGAGACCGCCAGAGUGUGCGCGAGAGAGACCGCCAGAGUGUGCGCGAGAGAGACCGCCAGAGUGUGCGCGAGAGAGACCGCCAGAGUGUGCGCGAGAGAGACCGCCAGAGUGUGCGCGAGAGAGACCGCCAGAGUGUGCGCGAGAGAGACCGCCAGAGUGUGCGCGAGAGAGACCGCCAGAGUGUGGCAGAGAGGGCGCUGUACUUCUGGAACAACGAGUACAUCCUGAGUCUGAUCGAGGAGAACAUCGACAAGAUCCUGCCCAUCAUGUUCGGGAGCCUGUACCGCAUCUCCAAGGAGCACUGGAACGCGACCAUCGUGGCUCUGGUCUAUAACGUCCUGAAGACCCUGAUGGAGAUGAACGGGCCUCUGUUCGACGAGCUCACCACGUCCUACAAGACGGAGCGACAGAGGGAGAAGAAACGUGAGCAGGAGCGAGACGAGCUGUGGAGGAAACUGGACGAGCUGCAGCUGAACCACUAUGGCCCCAACAACAUGCUCCUCCCCCACAACAACAACAACAACAACAACAACAACAACAGCAGCCGCACCUGCCCUGCUCCCGGCGGCUCGGAGCACAGAGAGAAGGAGCCGGACUGUUCUGGACUCGCACCACUGUGUGACCUCAAUGACCGCAGUGACCCCAGGGCACAGUGA